AUGCAGACGCAGGACGGAGCGUGGCCUCUGGAGGUGCAGUCUGAGACCAGCGUGUGUCCCAGGCUAACAAGACUUCUGGCCGGAGCUCCUAAAGAAAAGGCCCCGUCACUGCCCAACGUGAACGAGACCGGAGCAGUGUACUCCUGCCCCAUCACCACCGACAGCGAUGACUGCACUCGCAUGGACCUGGUCUCCUCCACGACGCCUUUAGAGAUGGUGGAGGGAAUGUGGCUGGGAGUGACGGUGGCGACGCAGAGGGACGAGGAGGCCGGCCGUGUCCUGGCCUGCGGACACCGUUAUGCAAAGAUCAUCCCCGGGGGCACAGACGAGCAGCAGCGCAUGAUCGGAAAGUGCUUCGUCAGGGGCAACGACCUGACCUUCGACCCCUCGGACGACUGGCAGAACCACAACUACGAGGUGUGCGACCCCAACCAGCCCAUGGAGAAGGAGGGCAUGUGCAACAUGGGCAUCUCCGGGGGCAUCACCCACACCGACGUCUACCUGGGGGCCACCGGCAGCUACCUGUGGCAAGGAAAUGUCCACGUGACCUGGAGAAAUCCUGACCCCACCAUGUCCUGGGACACACAGGAGAAGAACAUAGGACAAAUGUCCAACCUCAGACACAGCUACAUCGGUUACUCGGUGCUGCAGGAGAAGAAGGUGCUGGACCAGGAGAAGAGCACAGUGGUGUCGGGGGCCCCCAGGGAGGAGGCCAGGGGGGCCGUGCUGUUGGGGCGUAAGGGAGAGCGUGCUCUGGAGGUGGUGCAGCUCAUCCCUGGGGAGCAGGUGGGCUCCUACUUUGGGAGCAGCCUCGCUGUCACCGACCUCAACAACGAUGACUGGAACGACCUGAUCGUGGGCGCCCCCUUUUACUUCGACCGCAUGAAGGAGCACGGGGGAGCAGUGUACGUCUACAUGAACGAGAACGCCUCCUUCCAGAAGAAGGCGUCUGUGGUGCUGACGGGGCCCGCCGCCUCAGGCUUUGGCUUCGCUUUAGCCGCUAUCGGGGACAUCAACCAGGACGGCUUUCAAGACUUUGCGGUGGGCGCCCCCUUCCAUGAGACUGGACAGGUCUACAUCUGGACUGGGAGUAAGCAGGGGAUCUCUGAGAAGCCCAGUCAGGUCAUUGAAGGUAAGUCCAUUGGGACAGCAGGCUUCAGCACGUUUGGAUACUCCAUCAGCGGCGGCGUGGACAUGGACGAGAACAGCUACCCAGACCUGGUGGUGGGCUCCCUGGACGACCGCAUUGCUUUGUUAAGAUCGAGGCCAGUGAUCCAUUUAACGAAAGAAAUAACAGUGGAGCCGAAGAUUGUGGACCCAAAUCAGUGUGGAGACCAGGCCUGCAUCACGGCCACCGUCUGCAUGUCCUUCACACUAAGCAACGGGAACAAGAACUUUAAGAAGACCAUCAACGUCAAAUACACCAUCGAAGCCGACAUGGACACCAGGAAGAGCGCCAGGGUGGUCUUCCAGGACAACAAGGACGCCUUCCACGACACGCUGCCGUUGACCGCGGCCAAGAAGGAAUGUCAGAGUGUGAAGCUGUCCAUCGUGACGCCGCUCCGAGACAAACUGGAGCCCGUGGUUUUCUCUCUUAACGUUUCCAUAAACGAGCAAAAGCCAAAAUCAAGACGGGCGCUGCAGAACCUGGACGCGUACCCCAUCUUCAGCCAGGAGCAGAAACUCACGCAGAGAACAGAGAUUCACUUUCUGAAAGAGUGUGGAGCAGACAACACCUGCUCCAGUAACCUGCAGCUCUCUGCUCAGUACGUGGACGACAGGGAGAAGGCCUACCCCAGACAGGGCAGGUUCCAGGUCUUCCACUACAGCAGUGACAUCAAACUGAUCUGGCUCAAGGUGGAGGUGACCAACGUGGCGUCCGGCGGGAAACUGGCUGAAGACGCUCACCAGGCCGAGCUCAACAUGACUGUCCCAGAGGCUCUGAAGUACUCUGGGGUCCGAGAGGCUCAGGAUCGUCCUGUGGAAUGCGAGCUCAAGGAAACACUCAUCUGUGAACUUGGAAAUCCGCUCAAAGGCAACGACAAGCUGACACUGACGCUGAAAUUUGAGACGUCAGGGAUUGAUUUAUACACACGAGAAAUUGUUUCGCAGCUGCUUCUCUCUACAGUGAGCGAGCAGACGGACCUGGUCCCUGUUCCCGCUGCGCUCCUCAUUGAAAACACCAUCCGUCCGUCCUUCUCCGUAGUGAAGCCCGUGGUGCAGACCCAGUUCAGCGGCGAGGUGCGGGGCGAGUCGGCCAUGGUCAACAGCAGCAACGUGGGCAGUCUGGUGGACUUCACCUUUAAUGUGAACAUGGGGGGGCAGCCUCUGGGGGAUCUGGCCUCUCUGGUCGUGGAGUUCGAGUGGCCGGCUGAAGUGGCCAACGGGAAGUGGCUUUUGUACCUGACCAAGGUCACCGUGACGACCAACUCGGAGACAGAGUGCACCCCGCCCGGCGACAUCAUCAACCCCCUCAACCUCACUUUGAUAGAAACUCCCAGAAAGCGCAGCAGGCGACAGGUGGUGGUGGACGACGAGGACGAGCGGCCGCUGGUCAUCGAGCCGCAGGCCGCCAUCACUCUGCACUCCCCCAAGAAGGAGAGCGUCCUGCUGGACUGCUCCAAAGCGACGUCCCGCUGUUGGACCUUCAGUUGUCCUCUGCUGAACAUGACGACCACAGCUCAGAUCCACGUCCGAUCUCGUCUCUGGAACAGCACCAUGAUCGAGGACUACAAAAACGCUCUGAGAGUGGAGGUCCGCGGCCAUGCCUUCCUGAAGCUGAUAACAGACACUCCCACAAUCAAGAUGGACACACAGAGCGCUGAGUUCCGAGUGCAGAUAGACCCCCUGGAGGCUGUGGACCCGCAGUACGAGCUGCCUCUCUGGAUCAUCAUCUCUGCUGCUGUGGCUGGGAUUGUGCUCUUGGGGAUCAUUAUCAUCAUAAUGUGGAAGUGCGGCUUCUUCCAGCGCGCCAGUCGCAGAGAGAUGGCCAUCGGGCUCGGCUUCUUCUCGAGGGCCGCUUACUACCGGGUGAUGCCUAAACACCGGGGGCUCAGAGUCUGCCAGGCCGACCGCCAUCAACUCAACUUGGGAUUUCAGCCGGAAGAGGCGCACAGAAAGCACUGGAUUACCAGCUGGAGCGAGUGA